UAAGGGACAAGGAAGUUAAGCCAGUCUUCACACAGCAUAGUGUGUUGCGUCUGAGCUAGGAUUAGUUUCCAACUUCACAGCAUGUCUGAGAAAAGGAGAAAGAACAGUGGAAAAAAGAAGGGUGAAAGACGUGGUAAAGGAAAGGGAAGAAAACAAAGAGAUGGUCCACCAAAGUUGAAGAAACUGAAGAACCAAACUAUUCUUGAAGGACAAAAACUUUCUCUGAAAUGUGAGGCAGUGGGGAAUUCCCAGCCCACGUAUAAGUGGUUCAAAGAUGGAGCGGAGAUUAAAAAAAGCAAAGCAAUAAGGAUAAAAACUGGGAAAAAAAACUCAAGGCUUCAGAUAAACAAACUGAAGGUGGAAGAUGCUGGGGAAUAUGCAUGUGAGGCUGAGAAUUCAUUAGGCAAGGACAUUUCAAAAACUACUGUCAGUGUGCAAGUUGCUGCUGCUACCACUACUACACUCUCACCCGAAUCCGGUCAUGCUAGAAGAUGCAAUGAGUCAGAGAAGUCCUACUGUGUUAAUGGUGGGGUGUGUUAUUACAUUGAUGGUAUUAAUCAAAUUUCUUGCAAAUGCCAACCUGGAUUCUUCGGACAAAGAUGUUUGGAGACUGAACCCUUGAGAACAUAUAAACCUGAUCUAAAAGCUGAAGAAUUGUAUCAAAAGAGAGUCUUGACCAUUACUGGCAUUUGUGUUGCACUUCUUGUAGUUGGAAUUGUGUGUGUAGUGGCAUAUUGCAAAACAAAAAAACAAAGAAAAAAAAUGCACAGCCAUUUAAGGCAAAAUCUUUGUGUGGAUCAUCAAAAUCGAAACCUGGCUAAUGGUCCCAACCACCCUGGCCCUCUCCCAGAGGAUAUUCAAAUGGUCGACUACAUUUCAAAAAAUGUUCCAGUCUCUGAACAUGUGAGACGGCAUGAAACGGAAACGUCAUUUUCUGCAAGCCAGCCAUCUUCCACAUCUCAUCACUCUUCUACAACUACACACACAUCCAGUCAUAGAAAUGGAAACAAUUCAUGGGGCGUAGAGCAAUCUGACAGUGUUACUUCAGAAAUGCAUUCGGGUAUGAUGACCUCGUCUUUGGAAACAAGCAAAUGUAACAGUCCCAUGGAUGCACAAGGCAGAUUAAGUGCAGUUUGUGGUUAUCAGGACACAAGACACCCAAUCUUCCAUUGCAGAGACUCAGUGGAUUCUCUCAGAGACUCACCUCACAGCGACAGGUAUGUGUCUGCCCUCACAACGCCAGCCCGGUUAUCACCUGUUGAUUUACAUUACUCCCUCCCUUCAUAUGCGCCUGGUUUCGAGGUAUCGUCACAGGGAUCUACCCAUGCAACGUCAAUGCCUCCAGCAGUGGUGGGUUAUUUGAUAGAAGAUGAGCAGCCUUUGUUGAGAAGAUAUCACAAGCACCAUCAAGACAACCUGAAGCAUGACCUCUACAAACAGCGCCGCAGCUAUCUUCACGACAGCUUUGGGAGUCUACCCCCUAGUCCAGCAAGAAUGGUAGAAGAUGAUGAAUACGAGACAACACAAGAGUAUAUCCCAGCACAUGAUCAACCAAAGAAAAUGGCAAACAGCAGCAGAAGAUGGAGGAAAACAAAACCAAAUGGUCACAUUUCUCACAGAGCUGAAUGCGACUGUGAUUCAAACUCAGAAAGCUGCUGCUCUGACGUGGAUUCUGACGGUGAGAAAAUAGGAGAGCGUACACCUUUCUUAAACCCUCAGAACCCUCCAGCAGCAAACACAGAAACAGCUUCAGCAUUCUGGCCUUCUGAUAGCAGGACUUACUCAUCCAAUAGACACAAUGUACGGGAGGACUUGCACACCCGUGCAACGCGUGUAAAAUCAAAUCAAGAUUCACACCCUGUGUAAAUGCCAUAGAUCUGCAACUGUAAAAAUAUUUUAUUUUAUAUAAUUAUCAAAUAUUCUAAAAUUAAAUUAAACAUUUUAUUUUCAUUUUAGCAAAGUUGUCUUACAGCUACAGGAAAGUCUUUUAUAGGGAAAACAUGUAUUUAUAUGUAAAAUAUGAUUUACAGUUAAAACAAUGAUGGUGUGCCAAUUUUUCACAUCAUAAAUAGAAUAAUAUUGUGGUGCCUUUUGCUGUAUGCUGAUACCAGAUUUCCUGCUGAUGUUUCAGUUUUGUAGUGUUUCUAUCUUGGACUCAUUAUAAUUAUACGCCCUUCAUUAUUUUUUUUAACCACAGACUCUGUUACAUUUGGACAGUUAUAAUAUCUUUGAGUUUAGGACACAGCCAUCUGUGUACCGUCUAUGUACUGAUUCCUAAACCAUCACGUAACAUUCUGGCUGAACUCAAUUCUUAAAUUUGUUUGACCGGGAGGACUGAAUAUAAUAUCUAUUUUUCUGACUCCUAACAGAUUAAUAAAUAUUUUUUACUCUUUAGAAGAAAUUGAUGAAGAUUAGAUUAAUGCUUGUAGUCUUUCUCAGCCUAUUAAAUUACUUACUGAGGGUAAGGUACCAUGCCACCAGAUGACAGUCAUUUUCCCUGCAUCCAUUCUAAUGAAUUUUUAUGUUGCAGAAACAAUCAAAGGUCAUUACAUGACAUAACAUUCAGACAUCACUAAAGAGUCUGCAACAUUUGCAGUUAUUUCGUUUUCUUUAUGAGUUUUCUUCAGAAAAAUAGAAAUGCACCAUUUGACAACU